AGUGGGAACUAAAGUAAAAAAAUACCUGAUACCUUUUCACAAUUUUAAUCGUAUAUUACAUAUUUAAAUAUAUCUUUUUAAAAAAGAAUUGUCCGAUUAUUUACUCUCACUUGAACGGUUUCAUCACUUAAAUUUUUGCGCAAUAGUCGCAAAAAGUCGCAAUAGUUGCAAAUUUAUUGAAAUUUUUCUUUUUGAACUCGCAGUUAAAAGUUGACUGUUUACUGUUGAGGUUAGUUUAGACAAACUGAGUAGUGUAAUAAAAAAAAUGUUGAGAUUACCUUUGGUCCGGGUGGCCGGACUGUCAAGUGGAAGAUUUGGAAGUGCAAAUUUUCAUACAACUGUCAACAGCUCACAGCAAGCAAAUCAGGAUCUUGUCGAAGUUUUUAUUGACGAUAUUCCCGUUCAAGUUCCACCUGGAACAACUGUUCUUCAAGCAGCUGCAAAGAUUGGAAUCGAAAUACCUCGUUUCUGUUAUCAUGAACGUUUGGCUGUUGCUGGUAAUUGUAGAAUGUGUCUCGUGGAAAUUGAAAAACAAAUGAAGCCAGUUGCAGCGUGCGCAAUGCCGGUAAUGAAAGGCUGGCGUGUCAAAACGAAUUCCGAUCUUACGAAAAAAGCCCGCGAGGGUGUAAUGGAAUUUUUACUCGUCAAUCAUCCGCUGGAUUGUCCAAUUUGCGAUCAGGGUGGUGAAUGUGAUCUGCAGGAUCAGAGUAUGGCUUUUGGCAGUGACAGGAGUCGUUUUGUUGAUAUUAAUUUCAGUGGGAAGCGUGCAGUCGAAGACAAGGACAUUGGUCCUUUAAUUAAAACUGUCAUGACACGUUGUAUACAUUGUACUCGUUGUAUUCGAUUUGCCUCCGAAGUUGCUGGCAUUGAUGAUUUAGGAACCACUGGUCGUGGAAAUGAUAUGCAGGUUGGAACGUACGUCGAAAAAAUGUUUCUUUCCGAAAUGUCUGGCAAUAUAAUUGAUCUCUGUCCUGUUGGAGCCUUGACAAGUAAACCGUAUGCUUUUGUCGCACGGCCAUGGGAAAAUCGGAGGACCGACAGCAUCGAUGUUCACGACGCGGUUGGAAGCAAUAUUGUCGUCACUCAUCGUACGGGAGAAGUUCUUCGUAUCCUUCCCCGUGAAAAUGAGCAAGUGAAUGAAGAAUGGAUAUCAGAUAAAGUUCGCUUUUCCUACGAUGGACUAAAGCGACAGAGACUCCUGACUCCCAUGAUGAAAAUCGACGGAAAACUACAGAACACCGAAUGGGAAGAUGCCCUCGUUGCUGUUUCUAGAGCUUUGCAAGAUUUACCGAAAAAUAAGUGCGCUGCCAUUGCUGGAAAAAUGGCAGACGCCGAAUCUCUAAUGGCGAUGAAAGAUUUGAUUAAUAAACUUGGAAGUGAAUUAUUAGCGACUGAACAAAAUUUCCCGAAAGAAGGUUCAGGUAUCGAUCUACGCAGUAAUUAUAUACUCAAUAAUAAAAUUCGAAAUCUCGAGGAUGCUGAUGUUGUUCUAUUAAUUGGUACUAAUCCAAGGUACGAGGCGCCGUUGAUAAAUACUCGUUUGAGAAAAGGAUACUUGCACGCGGAACAAACAAUUGCACUUAUUGGACCAAAAGUUGACUUGACCUACGAUUAUGAGCAUCUAGGACAGUCUCUAAAAACCAUAAAUGAACUAAAGAACGGUACGCACGCCUUCAGUAAUAUUCUAUUGAACGCAAAAAAACCGAUGAUUGUUUUGGGAGCGAAUCAAUUGGAUCGGGAGGACGGAGCUAAAAUUCUCGCUGAAGUACAAGAAUUGGCGAAGACAGUCGGAGAUAAAGGAUCGAUCUCUGCGGACUGGAAAGUACUCAAUGUACUUCAGACAAAUGCAUCGCAAGUCGGCGCCUUGGAUCUUGGUUAUGGCUCGACUUUGGAGGAAUUAAAGAAAGCAGAACCACGUUGUCUUUUCCUUUUGGGCGCUGACGAUUCUAAUGUGACGAAGGAAAAUUUUGGCAAAUCAUUUAUUGUUUAUAUUGGAAGUCAUGGCGAUAAAGGAGCAGCGAACGCCGAUGUUGUUCUACCUGGCGCUGCUUACACCGAGAAGAAUGCCAGUUUUGUCAAUACCGAAGGUCGUGCACAGGAAACUAAUGCGGCAAUUACACCGCCUGGAAUGGCGCGUCCCGAUUGGAAAAUUAUUCGAGCACUUUCAGAGAUAUCUGGAAAUUGUUUACCAUAUGACACUUUGACGGAAUUACGCUUUAGAAUUGAAGAGGUUGCACCGCAUUUCUCAAGAUAUGGCGACGUUGAGCCGGCGAAUUUCACGAAUUUAUCUUUACAACUCGCAAAGAAAACUGGAGGUUCUUUAUUGCCAGAUCCAGUGGAGGUGAGACAGAAGACAUUAGAUCAGUUUUUCAUGACCGACGCAAUAUCGAGAGCGUCGCCAACAAUGUCAAAAUGUGUACAGGCUGCACUAAAGCAACGUCAAUCUCAAGUAUAAAAAGAAAAACAUUUAUUUGCUUGAUCAAUCAUGUAUAUAGGUGAGUUCUGUUUUAUAAUAGUUGCAAUUUCUUUACAAAGACUUAUAAAUAAUUUAGUAAAGAAAACAAAACAACAGAUCAAGUAGCUCAAGAAAAUUGAUAAAAAUAAAUCUAUGGAAAUUUUUCAAA